AUGCCGGCGCAUCUAGCCGCGCCCUGUCGAUACGGAGUGGCAGCAGCGGCUCUCCCGCCAGGAAUUCAGGCGAGAUGCUUUCGCCCCCCUGCCUUCCCCCGAAGACGCUGCCGGGGAUUCCUGGCGCGCCCAGUAAGGCCCCGGACCCUCAGCAACAGCCCCUGCACUCAGGCCACUGCCUUCUCCGCCCACAGCGCUUACGGUAAACUGUGGCAGGAGUCGCGGCUGACCCUGAAGGACCUCCUGGCUCAGGAGCUGCCCAGCCAGCAGGCCAAACCCGAGCGGAGCCGGCCGGUCUUCUACCACACGGUGGCCACCCUCUUCCUGCGCUACGUGCAGACCGCGCAGCGCCUCGAGGCCUGCUACGACCAGGUAGUCCACCCGCAGAAGCGCGUGGUGCUGCGGCGCCUGCUCGAUGGCGUGCUGGGCCGCAUCCUGGAGCUGAAGCAGGAGCUGGUCGAGCUGGACAUCUCUGAGUACCACUACAUGGACCACGUGCUGCAGGAGCUCAAGCUGACGCCGGCAGACAUGGAGGUGCCCAUUCCCAAGUACUUCCUGAGCGAGCGUGCCAAGGUCCUCCAGGAGCGGCAGGAGGUGCUGGCGGGACUCCUCACACGCGUGGAGCCCAGCAAGGCCAUGACGCCGCCACGGGCCCUCAUGCCCCGGGAGGAGGCGGUGAGGCUGAUCCAGAUGGCUGAGCGGAUGCGCCAAGGCCGCCUGCGGGCACGCUUCAUGUGGGAGAUCCGGAGGGACGAGGAGCGCGAGAGGAAGGUGCGGGAAGGUGGCAUCUUUGAGCCCAACCGAGAGAUGGCUGCCAUCUGCAUCCAGAAGAUCUGGAAAGGAUGUGUGCAGCGAAGACUCACCAAAUUCCUGCGCCAGAUGGAGAUGGAAUUCAUUGGCAUGGUAAGACCCCAGCCCAGCCCACCCCCUUGCUUGGGCUGGGUCCACCCGGCGCUGCCCCACGCCCCGCUCUUGCCCAGGCAGGCCAGCGCCCCUUUGGCCUUGAAUCGAACUUGCCCGGGUCUUCUGCAGCUCGAGCACGGAGGGGGGGGGGGGGUAGCGGGCAGCUCCUGGUUACACCGGCGUAGGUGGCGGCGAGUUAGCGGGCCCGGGGCGCAGAGGCGCUUCCGUAGCUGGUCUAGAAGUGGCCGCCAGUGGAUGAGCGGCGGGAGGGACAAAGUGGGGCCCGGGAGAAGUGGCCGGAGUUCGCGGAAAGGCCUCGGCUCCCGCCCGCGGGGCGCUGACACCCAGGGGGCCUCUCCCAUUUCCAGCCGCGGUCAGGCUCCCCCGCCCUGCGUCACAGCGGAGGCCAGUUGGGAAGCGUGGGCCACCUCCGAAAGGGCGGCGCGACCCGAAGCGCCACCUCCCGCCCGGCACACGCGGCCGCCAGACCCGGGGACCGGACGCAGCCGCCGAGGAAGCCCGGACGGGCCGCAGCUCUGCCCAGCGCACGUGCCGGGCCAGGCGGGGGUGGACUCGACGCGCCACGGCCCCGCUCGCUUCCUGGGCCAAGAGCUGGAGCCGCACAUGACGGGCCCCUCCCCGGCCAUGAUCCGGGCGCAGCUGGGAGAAGAGCUGCGUCGCAUGCGCCAGGCGGACUACGAAGCCGAGUACCGGGGUGCCCUGGACAACAUCCGUGACACCCUCUACGAGGUGGAGGGACCGAGCAUGCGCGAGGAGUUGAAGGAGCAGCUGCGCCAGUGGUUCAUCGAGUGCCAUGACCUCACUGGCCGCUUCCCAGACUACCCCGAGGAGGAGAUUGGGGGCUGUGCGGUCCUCUUUGCCCAAAAGACCCCAGAAGAGGAGGAAGAGGAAGGUCUGAUGCUGUCGCCCUCCAACUUCCUAGCAGCCAUCAACGAGGGCUUCCUACAGUACACAGGCUGCUGGAACGACUGGGAUGAGGUCAUCAACUUUGAGCAGCAUUACGAGCCAGAACUCAUCAAGGCCGAGAAGCGGAAGGAGGUGGAGGUGGAGAUCCGACUGCAGGUGGACGAACUGAUGCGUGAGGAGCUCCAGCACCUGAGGCUGGCCGUGGACCUGGAAGAAACAAAAGCUGCAAAGCCCCACAAGGGCAAGAAGAGUGGCAAGAAAAAAGGGAAGAAAGGCAAAAAAGAGAAGGACCUGACCCCAGAAAGGACCAUUGACUCUCUUUAUGAGGAACUGGUGCUUCAAGGCAUCAUUAGAAAGCCCCAGAAGGUGCAACUCACAGAGUACUCAGGUGACUACUGCUACCUGGGUACCAUCCUACGCCAGCAAGACAUUGAGCCUAUACCCUCAACGCUGGAUGUGCGGCAAAACAUUGCCCUCUACGCUAUCCUACGCCUGGGCUCUCAAUCUGUGCAUGAGUUGGCCCCCCUGGUGAAGUCCCUCCUCCUGGCCGGUCCAGCAGGCACUGGGAAGAAGAUGCUGGUGCAUGCUGUGUGCACUGAGACAGGUGCCAACCUUUUUGACCUCUCGCCGGACAACCUGGCUGGCAAGUAUCCUGGCAAGAGCGGCCUCCAGAUGAUGGUCCACCUGGUGCUCAAGGUGGCUCGCCUUUUGCAGCCGUCUGUCAUCUGGGUGGGCAACGCUGAGAAGACAUUUUACAAGAAGGUCCCACGAGAGGAGAAAGAGUUUGACCCCAGACGCCUCAAGAAGGACUUGCCCAAAGCCCUGAACCUCCUGAAGGCUGAGGACCGGGUACUGCUGAUGGGCACCUCCAGCAAGCCCUACCUGGCCGACGUCAAGGGUCUCUGCAAGACCUACGAGAGGAUCCUGCUUGUUCCCCGGCCGGACUAUGCCUCGCGCUAUGUGACUUGGCAGCGGCUGAUCCAGAAGCACGGAGGGGUCGUGACAGGCAACCUGGACCUGAGUGCCCUGGCCAAGGUGUCGGACGGCUACAGCCAGGGCAGCAUGGCCCAGGCGGUGAAGGCACUGCUGAGUGAGAGGCGCCUCCUGCAGCUCCGCAAGAAGCCGCUGAACGCCAAUGAGCUCCUGCAGAUGCUGGCCAGAGAAAACCCCAUCUACCCGGAGGAGGAGGAGAUGUUGAAGGAGUGGUACAACAAAACUCCCCUGGGCAAGAGGAAGUUGAAGGAAGAAGAGGAAAAACUCAAGGCAGCCGAGGCCAAAGACAAGAAGAAGAAGAAGAAGAAAUAA